AUGGCGAGCGGGCUGGCCGCGGUGCUCGUCCUGGCCCUGGCCCUGGCCCUGGCCCUCGGCCCGGGCAAGGGCGCUGCAGGCACCGAUGAGCUGGUGGUUGGAGAAGCCGAUGGGGAUGUGACCCUGGUGUGCAGGAAUGUGUCCCUGGGGAUGGUCAAGGUGGACUGGUUUCAUGGAGAGCCUGGCUCCAUCCCCAUACUUUUCUCCUCGGAUGGCAAGCUGCCCACCGACGCGCGCUUCUCCUUGGUCGGGAACAGUUCCUUGCAUAUCUUGGGGCUUCGCCUGCAGGAUGAAGGCAACUACACCUGCAAGGAAGUGCUGAACAGGACAGAUCACAUGCACAGAAUCCAGCUGUUUGUGGCCAGUGGCCCCAGCAGGGUGAAUGUCAGCAUCUUUCCCACGACGCCGUUGCCGAAUGGCACGCUCUACGCAAAGAAACACGACGUCCUCAACUUCACUUGCAGCAGCGACUCCCGGCCGGAACCCACCACGGAGUGGGAUUUCAGCCAGCCCAAUUCCACCCACGAGCUCUUUGCCACGGUCAACAGCUCCCUGGGCUACUUCGUCCUCCAUAACAUGCUCCCUUCCUACCAAGGGAAUUAUUCUUGCUCGGCCACCAACCCGCUCAGCCAUCGUCGGGUGACUGUGACCCGCGAAGUCUUGAUCUACUACCCUCCACCGGCACCACCCCGAUGCUGGGCUGAGACCUCCACCGGGGACCCCGGUGGGGUGCAGCUGUUCUGCAGCUGGCCAGGGGGCUACCCACACCCCACCCUCCAGUGGAAAACCCAUCCCAAUCUGAGCUGGGCCAUCAACACUACCGCUGCAGAGGACUCCGCUGUGGCUGUGUUGAGCGGCUCACACCUGCUCCGGGGGAAGGCCUUUACCUGCCACGGCAGCCACCUGGUGGAUCCAGAAGGAAGCCGAGCCUGCACCGUGCAGCUGGAGGGCCCGGAGAUCUCUUCCGACCCAAUGAGGAGCUGUUUUGUUGGGAGAGCUUCCACCUUGACCUGCCAGUUGACAGCCGGCAAUCCGCCAGCCAGGGUCACCUGGUUACGAAACCUCUCCCAGCCAGAGACAGAGAUCCGGUCAGGCGGGAGGUUCCUCAUCAAGCAGACGGGCAACUCCUCCAUCCUUUCCAUCCAGAACUGCUCCCAUGCGUUGGACGCAGGUUACUACGUCUGCAAGGCUGAGAACCCCCUCGGGCUGCGGGUGACGUACACCUACCUAGUGGUGACUGAGCCAGUGAACAUCGCGGGCAUCGUGGGAGUGGUUGUGGUCCUUUUGCUCGUGGGAAUUCUGAUCGUUUCUGGUGUCCUCCUGUAUGCAGGACCACACUGGUGCCCUAAAGAGUACAUACUCAGGAACCGUGAUGCGAGUGAUAUGCUUGUGCUGAUGGACUCGGAAGAAGAGGAUCCGCUGGCGGAAACAGCUGGGGAGACGGCUGUGGUUCCAGCUGCAUCUUUGGCGAACGGCCGCUCUACCGGGGUUGCUGAAAGUUCCCAUUCCGAAGCGCCCACUGAAAUUACCCUGGAGGAAACCAGAACAGAGGCACAAGCCACCAUGUAGAGGAGCACUCUAUCUUUGCCUUUACGUGUGAGGAACCAAAGCAUCCGCGCAACACGGACCAGGGAGGAUGGGGAUUUUGGGCAGCCGGCUCACAUUCGUUCCUUGCCCACCCCGCCGCCUGCCUUCCCCUUUCCACUUGUUGCCUUUCGCCCCACAGCUGCCUCUUUCAUCUGUCUCCUUGUUGGACUGUGACUUUGGAACGUGGGGCCCCUUCAGUGGCACCUCUGGCUCUGCACCGUGGGGGUGCAGGUCUGGGGCUCCAUGGUCCAGGAAGGCCUCCAAGCGCCCACCAGCUGGUGGCCACAGAAUGGCGGGGUGGCCAUGAUGCAGAAAUUGUGCCUACGUGCAGGGGACGGGAGCAGGGUGGCUUCCUCCUUUGGAAAGAGGGCCGAGACAGUAGCGAUGAGCUUCCACAAGCGAGAAGCCCGCUGGAGCAGCAGAGAGAGAGGGCUUGUCCAGGUGAAGCUCCAUCCUUUGCCUGCAGGAGUCCCAGGUUUGGAUGCAGCAUCUCCAAUAGGGCUAGAAAAGGGUGGCUUGGGACCCUGAGGAACUGCUGCUGCCAGUCUGUGUGGGAAUACAGGGCUAGGUGGACCAGGGUGUGAAUCAAGGUAAGGAAGCUUCCAAUGCUGUCCAGCGUGGAUUUUCCUUGGGAACGGAACAUGGACAAGGACAAAGGCUACGAUUGCCUGCGUGUUCCCUUCCCUUAUGGGCAUUUUUAUCAGCAGAUAAGUGAAAGCAGGCUGAAGGGGUGUGUUUCGGGUCUGACCUUAAAUUAGGUGUGUCCUCUGCACAUUCUCUCUUCUGGAAUUCUCAGGCGUACACCAACUUCAGGUCUAGGGUUAGUCAAUCCUCGCAGCAGCCCCUGGCCAGUGACCCUCUGAGCUUAAGAUGGGCAACUCUCUCCCUUUCAGUUUGUCAGUUUCCUCUUUUCCUCAUCAUAGGAUCAUUUUGAACCCCUUUCUGCAUCAGUUCGUGAAUUUCUGUGGGGGUGGAUUUGGGGAGGACGUGUGCCGAUCCAUAUCCAGCUUUGUGCAUUUCUCUUCGCAUACGUAUCCUGGAACACGCGAGGCUGAGCGUGUGCGCUUUGCGAGCGACGGUUCUCCAGAUGCAAAUGCACUUUUCUGCAUCCCCCCCGCCAUACAUGCAUUUUUGUGGAUUUCCAAUGUGCACAUUCUUUUGACACUGAACAUGGGGAUCGGGGCACACAAGUGUAUUUGGGUUUCUCUACAGCAGGGGAACACAACCUCUUUCUGUGCAAGGGCUGAAUUUUAGUUUUGGAAAGCUGGGUUCCUUUCGUGGGUGGUGCUGAACCCAAAAGGGGAAGGGCCGCCACUGCCUCAUUCUUUAUCCUGAGUUCACAAUUCUUGCUAUCAGGAACUAAGCCUAGUUCAGCUUUCAAGAAUGAAGGAAAACUUCCCCAAGGCUGAGAAACAAAGCAAUGUUCCUUGCCUGGGGAAAGCCAGGGGCAGGGCCUUCUGGGAAAUCCCAGGGGGCAGUCUGGGGCCUGCAGAGGGUGUUUGGAUCCUGUGCCGGAGGUCCUGGGUGUGGGUUCAGGAAGUGCAAUCAGAGAUGCUUGUAUUCCGAGGACAAGAUUCUUUCCGUCCAUGGCCUGAGUUGUGCAUGAAGGUGAGCAGUCUGAGGGCACAGGGGUGUUUUACCUGGUGAAGGGGCUGUUAAGGGGAGGGGCAUGCCAGCACUCAGGAGCCUAGCCAGGUGUUGGUCUGUGACCCAGAGUCCCUUGUCCUCUGCAUUUCCGGUCUUCUGCAACAGGAGACUCUAACUACUAACUACUGCACUUGAAGAAGGAUGCAGUCAUCUCCUUGAGGCUUCUGCCAGAGAAGCAGGUGGGUCCCCCCACACCUUUCCACCUGCACAUCUGUCUAUGCAACUGCCUAGGCUCACGGGAUCUGGCAAGAUACUUACUUGGGGAGAAGGCUUAGCUUGCAGCAAGCCUGCUUCCAAACAGCUGCAAAGAAGCAAAUUUUGAUUCUAUAAAUGUAUCUGCGGAAGUGAUUUUUUUGGUUUUGCUGAGGAAUAAAUGUGUGUGUAUAUUCUGAA